AUGAUUGCAGCGUGGUUAAUAGCAGGUUUCCAUCUACCGGUUUUUAUGGAUAUACGAAACAGUGUUUGUGGUCUUUAUGACUUCUACAAAUUGUUUUAUGCAAUUUAUCAAAUUGUUCUAGUUGGUAUUUUACCACCAUUAUUAAUGAGUAGCUUUGGCUUCCUUACCAUUCACAGUCUUCAUCAAAGGCAUGGUGAUCAAACACAUGUUAGAAGAAAAGAUCAUGAUCUAAUGCGAAUGCUAAUUGCAGAAAUCAUCGUAAACAUCUUUACAUCAAUUCCAUAUUCAGCAAAUCUUGUGUAUGGAGCAGCAACAUAUUAUGUUGUUGAUAAAAGUGUUCAACGACUUGAAAUUGAAUCAUUCAUUACUUUCUUCUCUCAAUUUCUUAUUCAUACACUUAGUGUUGCUCCAUUUUAUCUAUUUAUAAUAGCAUCGAAAUCAUUUCGACACGAAUUGAUUUCUACAAUGGUCAAGUGGUGAUUAUCAUCAAAAGUUGAACAAUAUGAGAACCGUUAUUCAACAAUAGAUUUACUACGUCUAAAACAAUUAACAACUUGUAUAAACAAUAUUCUGAAUAAAUUAUGUAAUGAACAAUUGAAUACAUUAAAAAAUGAAUUAUUUCAAUUUCUAAAUCGACAAGAACAAACAAUAAAUAAUCAAAUAAUUCGUAUAUCAAAUGAAGAAGAAUGUUUAUUAUGUUUAUCAAAGCUUGCAACACUUAUUCUUGAACGAUUGUUUGAUGGUGAUUUAAAUGAUACAAAAACAGAAUUUUUUUUACCAUUAAUUGGUGAUCUUAGUGGUGAUCGACAUCGUUUAGAAACUGAAACUGACUUUCUUAAUCGAAUGAAUAGACUUAUUUGA